GUCCCGAUCAAUACUACUCAAGGUAGCGGGAAUAUAAUCUUAGCGCCGACUGCUGCUGUAUGGGUUAGUUGUGACAUCCAUUACGUUGCUUGCGUUUUGACAAAGCUUUGCUAUUAUCCCGCGAUACUUCGAUGUCGCUACAAGUCAACCUCAGUAGUCGUGACCUGGCACAGGCGUACCAGGAUGUCCUUGACGCAAGAGGAAUAGAUUGGGCACUGUUCGCGUACGAGAAAGGCUCGAAUGAUCUCAAGGUGCAAGCGACCGGAAGCGGUGGACUGGAGGAAUUGGAGGAAGAAUUCUCGGAUGGAAGGAUACAAUACGCUUUCGUCCGCGUCACGGACCCAAAUAGUUCACUUCCCAAGUUCGUUCAGAUCAACUGGUGCGGCGAUGGUGUGCCGGAGGCUAGGAAGGGUCUCUUCCACACGCACUCGUCUGCGGUCGCCAACUUCCUUCGUGGUACUCACGUCGUGAUCAAUGCGCGCAAUGAGUCCGAUGUUGAUCCUUCAUUAAUCAUGUCAAGAGUUGAGGCAGCUUCUGGUGCCAGAUAUUCGGCACAGAAGGAUGUGCCACGCAAGUUCGAGCCUAUUGCACCAGUUGGGACGAAUUACCAGCCUGUUGGGAAGGUUGACAUCGCCGCUUUGCGACGUGAAGCGACGCCUUCUGCUCCCAAACCUUCCAUUCCCAGUGCACCUAGACCACCCGCUGCUUCACCUGUGCCGGGUAUAGGCAGGUUUGCAGGGAGAUCGUCUACUCCAGCAGACGCAUGGCCAGAGGAGGCACCUUCGGCCCCAGAGCCAGUAGCGGUACCUCCCCCGCCUCCUCCUGCAAGUAAUCGACCAAUCCCGCCGCCAGUUGUGGCCUCCGCAAGACCUGUACCAAGUGCUCCUGCGCCUGUCGCAUCCUCCAAUGUCCCUACGAAGCCCGAUGAAGAUGAUCGCAUCGGUCCGGUGGGUACAGCGUACACACCGAUUAAGCUGCAACCCAAGAAACUGGUUAACCCCUUCGCGGCAAGGGAGGCUCAAGCUCAAGCGGAAGCUGAUCAACCAAAGUUCCAACCCUCAAGUGGCAAGAAGUUGACUUGGAGCGAACGUCAAGCGCUCGCGAAGAAACAAGCGGAAGAAGAGGAAGCUCGAAGCAAGGUGGCAUCCCUCCAGGCCACCACCAUGUCUUCUACACCCGUUCGAUCGUUCGGUGCUGGUGCUGUACCUCCUCCAGCGCCUCGUCCUCCCGUAGCCCAGGAGGAAGAGGAAGAGGAACAACAGGCUUGGUCUCCGCCGCCUCCUCCACCUGCGCCUCCUCUGGCUUCACGCCCUCCAGUUCCUGCUACUGCGCCAGAGCCUGAGGCUGCACCUGCACCUCCUCCCCCUCCUCCCCCUCCACCGCCGCCACCUGCACCCCCUGCUCCUGCAUUGGCAGACUCUGCAGCCCAAUUUGCUCCACCGCCACCUCCUCCUCCUCCCCCGCCCCCACCUCCAGCGCCUGUUGCGGCGCCUGUAGUUCGUGCUGUCGAGCCUGAACCAGAGCCCGAACCUGAGCCUGAGCCAGAAGUGCAAUAUGCAGCAGCGGCCGGACAGGGUGAUAACAUUCGCGCUAUUGUGCAAUUCGACUACGAGGCUCAAGAGGAUAAUGAGAUGAACCUUCUAGAAGGAGAAAUUGUCGAGCAUAUCGAGCAGAUCGACGAAGGUUGGUGGUCAGGUGUUAGUCCUGAUGGUUCCAAGGGUGGUCUCUUCCCUGCCAAUUACGUGCAGGUCAUUGAAACUCCUGAAGAGGCAGCUGCCCCACCUCCUCCUUCCCCCCCGCCACCUCCUCCUGCUCCCCCUGCACCUCCUGCGCCUGCCGCGGCUCCUGAGCCAGAACCGAGCAGUACAUAUACCGCAAUCGCACAAUACGACUAUGAAGCCGCGGAAGAUAAUGAGAUCUCCUUCCAUGAGGGCGACCGUAUCACCGACAUCGAAGCUGCAUCGGAUGAAUGGUGGCAGGGUAAGGACAAGACAGGUAAAGUUGGCUUGUUCCCAGCCGCCUACGUGGCUUUGGAAGAAUGAUUGUGAACGGACUUGCAUAGAUUACAAAUGAAUACCUAUGGAUACCUCUGUAAGGAAUGAUACAGUAUAAUUGACAAUUCGUGUAACUGGAGUCAACUUCAAGUCCUUGAAGUCGGCCUCCCGGUGCAAGAUAUUAUAAUGCGUGCUCAGGCAUGCACGGCGGCUGACUCAUAGCAUGGGCCAAACCUGGAAUACGAGAUGCAAUAUCUCCACAACGUGCAGAAGACGACGGAAAAGAUCGGGUGGCAGGGUCUACUGACGCUCGCAAGCAAAGUGAUAUCCGUCGAUACCAUACGAAGAGAUAUGUGAUGUGUCCUUCCAGCAAGUUGUCUCCGUAUCGGAGCUUCUGUGGCAAAGAUGCUCACAAAUGUCUUCGUAACGGCUGUCCAAGAGACUUCAGUGAAUGGAGAAGGUGCAAUAAUCAGCUGACUGACUC